UUCUCUGCGGCGGAGCGGGCGAGGAGAGCCCGGCCGCCCCCCGUACCUGCGCGCUGGCCCCGCGUAGCCGGACGGGAGGGGGGAUGCGCCGAGACCCUGCGCGGGGAAGCGGCGGCGGGUCCGUGCGAGGGCGGCAGCGGCGCUAGGGCGGCCCGGGCCCGUCAGAUCACUACUCUCUUCACUUUAGCCAGAGACUUGCGCUUGAGAAUAUUGGGAAUGUUUUCAAAAGACUGGAAGUACUUCAGGCAGGUCAUAGUAAUUGUUCUGUAAUCCUCUGCACCUGCCAGCUCGUUUAGGUUGUUGCUGACAGUGAAAGACUUCCUCUCAAAGCUGUUUAAAUGAGAAUGUCCCUGGCACAAAGAGUACUACUGACAUGGCUUUUUACAUUACUCUUCCUGAUCAUGCUGGUGCUGAAGUUGGAUGAGAAAGCACCGUGGAACUGGUUCCUCAUUUUUAUUCCAGUCUGGAUAUUUGAUACUAUCCUUCUAGUUAUGUUAAUUGUGAAAAUGGCCGGACGUUGCAAGUCUGGCUUCGACCCUCGCAAUGGCUCCCAAAACAUCAAGAAAAAAGCCUGGUAUCUCAUUGCAAUGCUACUUAAAUUAGCCUUCUGCCUUGCCCUCUGUGCUAAACUGCAACGAUUUACUACAAUGAAACUAGCCUAUGUAUUUAUCCCUUUGUGGGCCUUGCUUAUUGGGGGUAUGGUUGAACUGGGAUAUAAUAUCUUCUAUGUACGAAGAGACUAAGCUAUCAUAUGUGGCUUUCAACAGAGAUUGGUACCAAAUUACUGGAUUAUUAUAGUUUUGCCACAAACUUGAUCUCCAAAUUAGAAUGCCAAAUAAGAAAUCAAUCAAGCUGGGGACUUUAUCUAUACCAGGCUGAAGACUGAAAGUAGACUUGUUCCACUCCUUUAUUUUAAAACUGUCACAUAUGUUCUUGUAAAUAAAAGUAUUUGUUCAACAUAA